AUGGAGCUCAUUUCCGGUCGCGUAAAUAUUAAGGGUCGCCUGGCACUGGUCUCGCAGCAGUCCUGGAUCUUUAAUGCCACUCUACGCGAAAACAUUCUCUUCCAUCAUCCCUACGAUCCUGAACGUUACGCCAAAAUCAUCAAGGCCUGCGCACUCGAACCUGACAUCAAGUUGCUGCCCAUGGGGGAUCUUACUGACAUCGGAGACAAAGGUGUUAACCUGUCCGGUGGACAGAAACUACGGGUUAGUCUUGCUCGAGCCUGCUAUGCUGAUGCGGACGUCUACCUCCUCGAUGAUCCCCUAGCCGCCGUUGAUACUCACGUGGCCUCGCAUCUGCUGAAACACGUCCUUGGCCGUGGGGGCCUUUUGUCCGGUCGGACGCGUAUCAUGGCCACGCAUAAUCCCAGUGCGAUUGCAGCGUCUGAUCGCGUGGCUGUUCUGGAUUCUGGCCGACUGGUCGAAUAUGGUAAUUACGCCAGCCUCAUCAGGCGACCCGCCAGUCAUCUCAACGCCUUCCUACGUAGUGAGGAGCUUCGACAGCGACUGUCAGAGCGUGAGGCAGCGUCGGAGUCAGCUGCAGCGGUGGGAGUCGAGACUUCGGUGGUUUCUAGUUUUCGAAAGAGGCGAACUUCAACAGAGUCGCAUGCGGGUUCGUAUGCUCCAGCUAGUGAUCUAGCAGAGUUGACUUUGAUGGAGACAGAGGCUUUGGACCCGGAAGUGACCGAUGACGCGGAGCCGUUGUCAUCAGCUCAGAGCCGAUCGAGUCCCAUUAAAGAGGCACAAGAAUCCGACAGAAAGACUAGCAGGUUGUACAAAUCAGCUACAAUCGCGAAAGGUGAGAAGACCGAUGGUGGACCGAAGGGAAACUUGGAGACCAGUGCCACUGGAAGGGUGAAGUUGGUAGUCUUUUGGAUGUAUAUUCGAAACAUGGGUCUGGGUCUCUUCGUUGGUGGUGUUCUCUUCCUUUUCUUCACCCAAAUCGCCUGGCUUGGAAAUAACAUUUGGUUGGCUGAUUGGUCGAAUGAUGCCUCGAAAUUCAUCAAUAACACUGGCGCCUCAUCCAACCAGACUACUGUGGAACCCAUGAAGAGUGUGGGGCUGCGUUUAGGUGUCUACGCUGUUAUCGGCAUGUGUCAAGUUGCCUUCAAUGUGUUGGCUUGUAUGAUGCUGGCAGUUGGCAGUGUUCGAGCCGUGAAGGUGCUUCAUCAUCAACUCCUGUCAUGCAUCCUCCACGUCCCGACCAGCUUCUUCGAUUCCGUGCCUCAGGGUCGGAUAAUGAACCGCUUCUCUAAUGAAAUAUCAACCGUAGAUAAUCAGCUGAUGAUCUCAAUGCGCUCCAUGCUGACGACCCUCUUCAGUUGUCUCAUCACUUUCGCGCUCUGUGCCUUGCCUAGUGCCUAUAUCCUCAUUCUCCUCGCUUGUCUUCUCGGUUUUUACGCAACCAUGCAGAAUCUCUUUGUGACGACGAGCCGUCAGCUGAAGCGCUUGGACUCGGUGAGCAAGUCGCCAAUCUUCUCGCAUUUCGCAGAGACCCUCCUCGGAGUGGACACUAUUCGGGCCUAUGGACUGUGCGACCUCUUUGUGAACUCUAGUGACACUCGAGUUGACGCAAACAACCGCGCCCUCUUUGGAACUCUUAUCGCGAAUCGGUGGCUCUCCAUGGUCCUAGAGACGGUGGGCAACCUGCUGACAUUCUCUGUAUCAGUGGCCUUCGUUGCAACCCGCGACACUCUGGCUGCGGGCUUCGCGGGUCUAGUGAUCAGCUACACUCUGAACAUUAUUCAGGGCCUCAGUUGGUUCGUGCGGAUGUCCACGGAGUUCGAGACUAAUGUGGUCUCCGUGGAGAGGAUCCGAGAGUACUCCAAGCUGACCAUCGAGGCCCCAUGGGAGGUGCCAGCGAAACAGCCACCAGCUCAGUGGCCCCAGGGUGAAAUUGAGUUCGUCAACUACAGUACCCGUUAUCGCGAUGAUCUUGACCCUGUUCUUCGCUCCAUAUCAUUCACUAUUAAGCCUGGUGAAAAGAUAGGGAUAGUGGGUCGGACAGGCUCAGGUAAAUCAUCUCUCGUGCUGGCUCUUUUCCGCAUCAUUGAGGCAAAUGAAGGGGAGAUUCGCCUUGAUGGGCAAAAUAUCGCCGAGAUUGGUCUACACGACCUCCGUGGGCGCAUCACUCUCAUUCCCCAGGCGAGUCGCCAUUUCCUUUGUUCGUCCUUCUGCCUGUCUGCGCCUGAUUGCAUGCUUCAUCUGAGCAAGUUGUUUCUUUCGCCCUUUCCUCUCGAUCCAGUGCUCUUUUCUGGUACCCUUCGGUUCAAUCUUGAUCCCUUCAACACCCACACCGACAAGACCGUAUGGGAGGCCCUCACAUUGGCGAAUCUCCGGUCAUUUGUGGAAGAGACCUCCUCUGAUGGCCUUGAAAUGACCAUCGCUGAAGGUGGCAACAACCUCAGCGUGGGCCAACGCCAACUGGUGUGCCUGGCGCGCGCUCUCCUUCGGAGAUCACGUGUUUUGGUUCUGGACGAGGCGACAGCCGCCGUCGACCCUCAAACUGACCAACUAAUCCAACACACAGUUCGCAAGGAGUUCGCUUCCAGCACCGUUCUCACGAUUGCUCACCGUCUCGAUACCAUCAUUGACUAUGAUAGAAUAAUGGUCCUGGACGCUGGACGUCUGAUAGAAAUGGGUCCGCCAAAGGAACUGGCGGGUCGCAGUGGAUCACUCUUCCGUGGAAUGCUGCUGGAGGCGAAUCUUCUAAAUACGGUGCUUGGCUCAUCGCAAAUUUAG